GCCAGCAAUCGCAUCCAAAAAAAAAAAAAAAAAAACCGAUUAGUGCCUAGGAACACGGUGCUGCUCCCUGCUAUGCCUUGCUCAUCAAGUCAGGGUCGAGUCAAGACUGACUUCACCCCUUCAUCCUCUCAAGGUUUUCAGUUCUACUUCAAACCUUUAUUUUCUACUUCAAACCUUUAUUUUCUACUUCAAACCUUUAUUUUUUUUGUUUUAUUUCAACACCUUAGAAGAAAAUAGGGCCCAGGCUCAUGGCAUCACCUUACCUCCCUUCGCUUACAAGAACCCGCUCUCACAGGUCCGUCUUUGUGGAGGAGUUCGGCUCGCGGGACGCAUCGUCAUACGUCGACGUGGACCUCCGCAACAUGACGUCCUCACCGACACCGAGAGACAUCCGGCGUCUUGCCUCAGACCAUGACUUCGUCUAUGGGGCGCAUCCGGCACCCAGGAGGCUCGGGUGGUGGCCGUUUGUAGCAACCCACCUUUCUCUCCCUGCCGCCCUGAUCGCCGGCAUUAUCUUUGUGGUCGUCGCCAUCGCGUAUACGAGCGAGCUCAGCCAGCAGAUGCUCGAGUGUCCCCAAUGGGCCAACCACUGUCGCACGGCCGACGACUGGACGGUCAAGAACCUGGGGACGGUUCAGGGGAUCAUUACCAUGGUCUACAUGAUCGGCAUGGCGUCUUUGGCGUAUGCCGCGCUGGGGUUGUGCGAGGCGACGGUCUGGCCGCUGCUCAAGAUACAAUCCUUCACCAUCAACGGGCUGAAUGCGUACCUGUCGGUGACCCGGGGUUCCGUCAUGUUGGCCCCGCGAGCGGUCAUGUCCGUGAGGUCGACGGCGGCCGGGUUCGUCCUCGCCUGCGCCCUCGUCGUGACGCUGCUCCCGUUCGCUGCGCCGCCGCUCAUCGGGCACGCAUACUCGCCCACGUAUCAAGCUGUGGAACUCGAGAGCAACUACACCUCCGGAGGCGGUAUCAGCGAGCUGUACGCGCAAACCAACCCCGCAACCUCGGUCAUGGUCCGGGUUCUCGCCGAGUACAACACCUGGGCGACGGAGCCGUCCUCGGAGCCCAUGCCGGAGUACCGGGACUGGUACAUCGACAGGGCAGCCUUGGACAAGAGAGGUGAUUUUACCGCCACAGCCGUCCGGUUCCAGACCUCGAUCUCGUGCCGCCCGCGCCAAGUCGAGCAGCUGAACAAGGACAAUGUCUGGUGGAACGCGUUCCGGACCAACCUGACGCAUGCCAGGAAGCCACCCCAAAACCAGACUGAGGAUGUGGAACAGGAGGACGCCAGCACGGAGGUCUGGGUCAGCCCUCAGGCUCAGUUGACGCUGUGGGCCGACAGCUACGAGUUCGUGUCCGACCGGCGCACCCGGUCCACCUUGGUCUUCGCGGCGCUCAACGGGACGAUCGAGGGCGGCAGCAUAACCCCGAUCAUACUGGGGAAUCUCACCACGGCGUUCUCGGUGGCCUGCGAUGUCGAGAUCGAAGCCGUCGACGACGUCCUCUCGGUCGGGAACCCUCCCAUAUCGUCGUCCUCGUCGUCCUCCGACACGGCCGCCGCCCGCCUCCCCGUGCUCUCCUCCACCGAAACCCUCGCCCUGAGCCCCGACGUGUCCCCGCAGACGCGGCUCAACGAGCUGCUCCUCUGGUUCGCCGUCGCCCCGCUCCUGACCGGCAUCAGCGUCGACGGCACCCAGCCCAUGUUCGCCAACUCGAGCGCAACCGGCCUGCCCCUGGCCCACACAACGUCCUCCGCCCUGCCUGGCAGCGCCGGAAGCAACCAUUGGACGAUCCCGGGCCUCGAGGCCUUUAUCCGCCUCUCCAUCGGCGCACUCGCCCAAGCCACCACCGCCACCGCCAACGGCGCCGCCUCCGGCGUGACGGUCCUGACGACGAGCAAGCAGACGCGCAAGCUGGAGCGGGCGCGGGCGCUGCUGCUGGUGAUCCCGCCGGGCGCGGCGGUGCUGGCGGCGGCGGCGGCGGGGGUGUUCGGGGCGGCGCUGCACGCGCGGCUGCGGGUGCCGGUGAUGCGGCUGGCGGGCAGCGACCUGGGGGAGGUGCUCAAGAGCUCGCAGACGGCCGGGCUGCGCGAGGUGGCGGGCACCGACGCGGCCAAGCCGUACCUUCCCCACGAGCUGGGCGCCGUCCGGGUGCGGUACGGGGUCGACCCGGCCGGGGUCGCCGGGUUCGUUGACGUUGGACACGGCUCCUCCUCUUCGUCGUCCUCGUCGUCGUCGGCGGCGGCGGCGGCAGGGGCGGUGACGGCGGGGGAAGAGCAGGAGAAGGAAGGGAAGAAGAAAUGGGCAAGGAUGGGGAAGGGGAAAGGGAAAGGGGAGGCAACGGGAGGAGGAGAGAGGGGAAAGUGAUUGGUUUACACUUGGUAUGAGAUUCUCGACAUUUUUGGCAUUUUUAUGGCCAAUUACUGUAUAAAAUCCCUCGUUUUUUCCCCUGCUUCUCAACUUGUAUCAUGAUGUUCAGCCCUGAUGAAUGCGUGUUGUGUCCGCGUGGCGCCUAGCGUUGGAUGUUCGGGGCGUGCAAGUGAGGCCGAGGACAACAAAAUCCAAUUACCUUUAGCUAUUCAGCCAUCUCUGGCAUCUGUAAAUAGAACCGAAUAGGGUGAUAAUGGACUGCUGCCCAUCUCAUUCAAAACCGGAAUACCACCCGAAUUUUC